AUGAGUCAAAGCCAAAGCCAAAGUCAAAGUCAAAGCCAAAAGCGUAAAUCGCGAGCGAUCCACGAUGACAGCGACGACGAUUACUCUGGGCCUGCGUCACAGCGUCCAAAGGCCGAGCAUACCAUCAACUGGGACAACGAGACUAUAGCUCGCAAAGUCAAGGACACAGUUCGAUAUGCUUUAGCGUGCGAGUACAGGCGACAACCUAUUCGACGUGAUGACAUUAACAAGAAAGUGCUUCAAGAACGGACACGUGAAUUCAAGCAAGUACAUGCAGCUGCUCAAAGGAAACUCAAGCAUCUAUUUGGAAUGGAAAUGGCUGAAAUGGGUCAAAGGGAAAAGCCAAACAUGAAAGACAAGGCCAAAGUUGAAAACGCCAAGCCAGUGACGACACGCAAUUACAUUCUUCGAAGCGUCCUUGACAACAAGUACAAUGAGCCUGAAUUGAUCAAACGGAAGAAUGAGGAUUAUGAAUCGAUGGGUAUCUUGUAUGUCAUCCUCGCACUGAUCUUCACCAAUGAACGGGCAAUGCAUGAUGUGAAUCUCAAGGAACAUUUGGAUCGUCUCAAUGUCCAUGAUGAAUGUCCCAAGUUUGGUGACCGAGAAAAGUUACUGGAUGGGUUUGUCAAGCAAGGAUAUCUGCAUCGGGCAAAGGUGGGCGAUGAAGCUCGUGGUAACAAUGACAACGUUUGGGAGUAUUAUUGGGGACCACGUGCACGAGCAGAGAUCAUGGAUAGCAACAUUGUGGAUUUCAUUACAUCGUUUUUCGGGGAAGAAAAUGUGGAUGUCGAGGACCUUUCAGCCAACAUUUUCAAAGCUUCAGGGUAA